AAAAAUCGAGGAUAACGGUGUCAACUUUUCAAAGUCGAGGAAGAGCUCAAUAGGUGUAAAGUAAACGGAUAUUCUUAUCGGAAGAUACUAUGUCUCGAUGCCUAGUAGUUUCUCUGCUUGUUGUCAUGAUUCUUGUUAUUUAUUCAAUCCAAGACUCAACUGCCGGAUCAGAAUGUCCAGAAAAUCAACAAGAACACAUAUGUGGAAGACUAUGCGAGCCAACCUGCAAUAAUCCACGACCGAAUCGCAGGUUUUGCCCUCGAAUCGUAUGCACUAGAGCCACUAGCGGUUGCAGGUGUAUAAAGGACACUGUUAGAGACACAAACAGUACACAAUGUGUGCCACUGGAUCAGUGUUCGUAAUAAACACACGCAUUAUUUGUAAUUAAUGCCAAAUGAUCAACUCCAUUUUUAUAUAGUUAUUAACCUCACAUUAUCAAGGUAUAGAACUAGUAUACGAUUUUUCAGAGAAGACAUGCUAUUUUCAUAAAUGUAUCUUAUAACUUAUGAGUAGGUAGUAUAAAUAAUUGAAUUACAAGGAAAAUAAAAUAAAAAUUUUAUGUAUUUUAAAUUAUGGAGUUGAUCAGCAUAGUUUCUGAGAGUCCAUAGAUUAUUGAGUAGAGUAACAAUUUAUAUGUAUAUACAUCAAUGAAGUAGUUCUUAAAGAA